GAUUUUUUUAAUUUUUCAAUAGUAUUUGUCCACUAUAAUUAGUGUAAAAACUAAAAAUCCCAAAAAGAGAGGAAGAUAAAUAAUCAUUUUAAGAAAAGAAAAAGAAGUUGGAGAUGGAUACGGAUGACAUGUCAAGUCCGACAAGGAAAUACAUGCACUUGUCGUCCUUCUAAUCCUUUGCCCUUAAACAUCGUUAAAAACGACAACUUCUCUCUUCUUCUUCUCUACUCUUCUCCAUUUUCUUCUCUUCUUCUCUUCUUUGUCCAUUUUUUGACAGAUAUGGCGAUCUGGUUUGCUAGAUCCAAAACCCUUGUUUCUAGCUUGAGACAUAAUCUAAAUUUGUCGACAAUUCUCAUAAAACGUGAUUACUCUCAUCGUCCCAUCUUCUAUACAACUUCUCAGUUAUCUUCAACGGCGUAUUUGAGUCCCUUCGGUAGCCUCCGUCAUGAGUCUACGGCCGUGGAGACACAGGCUGAUCAUUUGGUUCAGCAGAUUGAUGAAGUCGAUGCCCAGGUAUAUUUAUUAGCCUUUUAUUUUUUUUAAUAAUCCUACUUUACCACGUGAUUAUAGUUGUUAUUUUAAAUUGGGAUUAGUUCAUAAAGAUAAGCUGUGAAUCACGCACGAGUCUUUUAAUUGUGUAAAGAAAGAAAUAAUUAGUUCUUCUGAAAGCAGAUGCUUCGGUUUAAAGGCGUUUCAAUCCGGUUAAUCAUUCCCAAUUUUGGAUUUCUUGGUUUAUAAGCUAAAUUUAAACCAAAUUUAGGUGAAACUGGUUGCCUAGGAUCAAAAAUUCUUGCAAUGAGUCUCAAAAACUCGAACGUAGAAAAGAUAUUAAAGAUUGAAGAUUAUUCAGUCUUAGAAAGUUAGAAUUAUUCAAAUUUACUUGGUGUGUUGGUUUUGAUCCGGUAUGGGAUGAUCGCAUAGUACAACAACAACAACAGUUCACAUCCGCACAAGUCAUGGUAAAGGUAGGGACCACGUCGCAUGAGAAGUAAAAGUGGGGACCUCAAGUUACACGUAUGAAUAAUACUAAAUCAAGUGCUAUAUGGGUCCCACUUGUGUAGUUGAUUUGAGAACUGGAUUUCCCAGGAGGCAAAGUCGGUUACACAUCGGAGAUGAAAUUCAUACCGGAAUCAUCUUCAAGGAGGAUUCCAUGUUACCGGGUUCUUGACGAAGACGGACGAAUCAUCCCCGAUAGCGAUUUUAUUCCGGUGAGUGAGAAACUCGCUGUUAGAAUGUACGAACAAAUGGCGACGCUACAAGUAAUGGAUCACAUCUUCUACGAAGCUCAACGUCAAGGAAGAAUAUCUUUUUAUCUUACUUCCGUCGGAGAAGAAGCCAUUAACAUCGCUUCAGCAGCUGCUCUCAGUCCUGACGACGUCGUUUUACCUCAGUACCGAGAACCUGGAGUUCUUUUGUGGCGUGGCUUCACGUUGGAGGAGUUUGCUAAUCAGUGUUUUGGGAACAAAGCUGAUUAUGGCAAAGGCAGACAAAUGCCAAUUCAUUACGGUUCCAAUCGUCUUAAUUACUUCACUAUCUCCUCUCCAAUUGCCACGCAACUUCCUCAAGCUGCUGGAGUUGGUUAUUCUUUGAAAAUGGACAAGAAGAAUGCUUGUACUGUUACAUUCAUCGGAGAUGGUGGCACAAGCGAGGGAGAUUUUCACGCCGGAUUGAAUUUUGCGGCCGUAAUGGAAGCUCCGGUUGUGUUUAUAUGUCGGAACAACGGUUGGGCGAUUAGUACUCAUAUCUCAGAACAGUUUAGAAGUGAUGGAAUAGUUGUGAAAGGUCAAGCUUACGGUAUCCGAAGCAUCCGUGUGGACGGUAACGAUGCACUUGCGGUUUAUAGUGCUGUACGCUCAGCUCGAGAAAUGGCUGUAACAGAACAAAGACCUGUUCUCAUUGAGAUGAUGACAUAUAGAGUAGGACAUCAUUCUACAUCAGAUGAUUCAACUAAGUACAGGGCGGCGGAUGAAAUCCAGUACUGGAAAAUGUCGAGAAACCCUGUGAAUAGAUUUCGGAAAUGGGUCGAAGAUAACGGAUGGUGGAGUGAGGAAGAUGAAUCCAAGCUAAGAUCUAACGCAAGAAAACAGCUUCUGCAAGCGAUUCAGGCUGCGGAGAAGUGGGAGAAACAACCAUUGACAGAGUUGUUUAACGAUGUAUAUGAUGUUAAACCGAAGAACCUAGAAGAGCAAGAACUUGGUUUGAAGGAAUUAGUAAAGAAACAACCUCAAGAUUAUCCUCCUGGCUUUCAUGUUUGAAUCUAGAGGAACUGUGUGGUUAAAAUACCUCAUAUAGUAUCAUGUCCAUAUCGACUUCUCAUUGCAGACUAUUUAUAUUGUCCACGUAUCGAAUAGUAAUCAAGUAUCAAUGUAGAGACCAGCAUUUGGAGCAUCAUGAAAUGGCCUUGAGAAUGUUAUUUUCAUGGUCCGGCUGACCCUUAACCGGUUCAAACUGGAGUAAAUGAGUGAAUGUUAAUGCUCGAGAAUGGGUGAGGCUCCGUUAAUCGUUAAGAAAAAAACGUGCCUACCUAGCCAAAUGACAUCUUCCUCUUUUGUGUUUAGCACAAGUGAAUGAUCCAAAUAUCAUCUACCUAAUAUGACCCAUAAAAUAGUAUGUGAUUGUCUUUGGAUGUUAUCCCAUAACAUAACUUAAAUUUGGGAUGCAUGCAUAUAUUAUAUACUUCAUAUAAAAUGAGUGGACCUCAUAAGUUGCGGUUUCGAUUUUUAUCAAAAACAACAGUUGUCCACUUUUUGAUUUUG